AUGUUUGGCCAGAACAUAGUAACCACAGGACGCCUUACCCGCGUUGAGGCACACUUUGCUUUUCUACAAACACCUCAUGGACGCGUAUUCUGCCUUGAAAGUCCCAGAACAGGACCAAUAUCGAAUUUUGCAAUUGGAGACGAGGUUGACGUUAUGAUAGUUCCACAGAGGGAGACGAGCGGAUGCAAAUGGAUGGCAAUAAAUAUUCGACACUCCGGAAGACAAAUAGAGUUUGGCAGGGGUAGUCCUGUUCCAUAUCUAGGAUAUGCAACUGCUUUUCCUCAAAUACCUAUUGCAUCAAGACAGAUGGGGGACAGCCGGCCUCCAAGUACCACUUCAAACCAAAAUUUGCCUUAUUCUAGCACAGAAUCCAAUAUUGCUAAUGAUGAGAAAGUAGUGGUCACCGAGGUUCUUCAAAAGUUUGCACUUGCUAGUAGCGACACUUUUGGCAAAGUUUACAUACCCUGUGAAGCGUUUUCAAUGAACUCCGUCCAACUUGACCAGUAUCUGGAAAAAGGAGAUAAAGUAAUAGUGACGUUACGAGCUCAAAACGAUCCGAAAAACUACGGCGGUUGUAGAUUUUUUGCAUCAACGGCAACGAGGAUAAGGAAGGAGGGUGAACAAGAUGUUGGUGCGUUGCAUUUUUUCACUGCAUUUUAUCUCUAUAAUCCAUCUCUUGCCUUCAACAUGAAAAGUCCAAGACUCCAAAUUGAAGCCAAUUUUAUGUGAAA